AUGAAAGGUCUCGUGGAUCACAUAACCCACAAGCCAGAGUGCCCCCUCAGGGUUAUUGUAUCUGAGAAAAACACUUGGCAAAAGCACAUAGCGAUGUUCCUGCAAGACAAACUGAACCUUCUUGUGGGCGAAGAUCCCUUCAGGGUAAAAAAUUCUAUGGAAGUAGUUGAAUUCUUUGCCAACCAUGAAGGCAUGGACCUUGAUGCUCUGUCAGUAGACGUAAAAGACCUGUACUAUUCGAUACCUCAAGAUGCCCUGCUCAGGUGCAUUGAGGCAAGCAUUGACAGGUAUGGUGCAAUUGGCUUCCAGAAUAGAGUAGGAAUUCCUGUCGCAAGCUUUCUGGAACUGGUAACUUUUUACCUGUGCUCUACGUACGUUCGCUGGGAGGGAAGCGUUUACCUGCAGCGAAGUGGCAUUUGCAUAGGGUCUAGUUUGGCACCCGUUUUAAGUGAACUAUUCUUAGGUCAGAUAGACGAGCGUCUGAACAAUAAGUUCGCACAUUCCAAUAAUAGUGGUAAGUCUAACAGGAACAAAAAAGUAGCGGUCAUCCCAUACAUUCAUCGCAUAUCACACAAUCUCAAGGAAGCUGCUCAGAAGGCGGGUGUUGAGGUAGCAUUUUCCGCUCCGCAGAAAUUAUCAAGACUGUGCAGAUUGACAGAGCCCUGUUCCAGUGCGCCUCUCAUCUACGACGUUAAACACAGGGUUAAAUUCGUUCAGUGCCAGAAGGGUGUUGUGUACAACAUUCCACUUUCAUGUGGAAAGGUAUAUAUAGGACAAACUGGGCGCUGCCUAAACGAGCGUCUAAGAGAACACAGCAAUAAUAGAAUAUGGUGCGAUGCAAAGAACCAGCAGGACCGCUGCACAGAAGAGGCCCGACGUGUAGCUCUUAUAUGCCACAGGGACUAA